CGUCGUAAAUUUAGUUACAAUGGACAUAGGUCAUGGAUGACGCUGACAUAAUGAUGCAAAGUCCUAAUGCCUAACAUAAGCGUUGCGCGAAGUGAAACCCCGCCGGAAGUUUCUUCCCUGCCAUGCCUGUUACUGCCGCAACCCUAGGUUCACUCGAAUUAGCGACACUCGUCGGAGAUAAGUUCAUGGGAGAACCUAGGAAUGAAACUCUGGAAGGAGCUCCUUUGAAACGAAAACCAGAUCUUGAAUUAUUCGACGAGGGUGAGGAUCGAAAGAAAAUUAAACCUGAGGUUUCUGGUAAUGAUCCCCCACUUAUUGAAGAGAAAUCCGGUAAGGAUGAGUCAGAAGAAGACGGUGAAAGCGAUGAAGAUGAUGAAGGUGACGACUACGACGAAGACGAUGAAGCUGUAGACGAAGACGGUGAGCAUUCCCACGGAAAAUCUGUGAUUGAUGCUAAGGGUAAAGGAAUCAUGGAUGAAGAAGACAAGGGGAAAGGUAAAAAUUUGAAGGUUGAAAAUGGAAGUGACGAUGAAUCCGCCGAUGAUCGAGACCUCUCUGACGAAGAUAGUGAUCUUUCUGAUGACCCACUUGCGGAAGUCGAUUUAGAUAACAUUCUUCCUUCAAGGACGCGGAGGCGGGUCUCUCAGCCGGGAGCUUAUCUUGUUAAUGAUCUCGAAGAUGACGAUGAUAGUGAUGAUAGUGAUGUCUAAUUUCAAGAAGGUCAGUUACUCUGAGCCACAACUGUCUUAGAUUUUGGAGUUCCUGGUGGAUACUUGGAGAUUGAAGUCUGUUAAUACAUUGUCAGGAAUACAAUGUGGUAUGAUUAGAUUCUUGAUAUAGCUGAAUUUAAACAACUUUGUUGAUUUUGCUUAAUUUGUACCAGUUCACGACCUAAUUUUGCUUCAUAGUGCUUAA